AUGAAUUCGUUGGUUACUACUUUAUUCGGUCUUUUUAUAAUCUAUGUAAUAGUAAUAACAACUGUUUAUUGUGCUGAAAUCAAAAAUACGGGUUUAACAAAAGAUGAAAUGAUUGCAUUAACACGUGAUCAUUUUGGACGACCUGAUCCAGAUAGUUUACUAAACGGUUUUUUUCCUGUUUGGGCUGUUAUUCAAUUUUGUCUUUCAGGUUUCUUUCUUGUUAUUGGUAUAAUUAGUGGUGUAUGCUAUUUAUUGGGUUGCAGAUCACCACCAGACGAACUUAAACAAAUUAAAUAA